UGGCAUAUGCCACCUACCUUUCUCUUUUAUAACCUCUUUACCACACGUGUGUUCACCCUUUUUCUUUUAGGCCCAUCCAGAACCUUCUGCUUCUUACUCUCACCGAUCAUUGUUGCUGCCAUAGGUUUGGAAUUUGCUUCCGUAGCUGACAAUCGACUCAACAUCGUUUUCAAGGUUUGCUUGCUGUCAUCUCUAUUUGUUGCCAUUUUUCACGGAAUGCUUGGGCUGCAUAUAGGAAUGCUUGGGCUGCAUAUAGGUUGCAAUCUUGGAUCGUUUGAAGAUUCUCUAAAGUUUGUUACUCUACUUUUAAGCAUCCAAGCCGCAGUUACUAUGCCUCCAAAAAGAGUGUCUCAGGUCAAGCCAGAAGACCCACCAGAACCUCUUGAAGUUAGAGUUUUAAAAAGGUGGAUCCCAUACUUUAAAAACAAGGAGAAAAUGCUCGACCUAUGUUACCUAUUAGUUGAUCUACAUGGAGAUGCAAUUGAAGCAGUGGCAGAUGUUACGAAAGCAGAAUACUUUGACUCACUUAUCAAAGUACAACAUUGCUACACGGUUGACAAGUACGUCUCAUCUCCAUCACGUCAAUACAUGCCAUCGGUACCACAUGUCGCAUCACUGAAAAUUGGGAAAAGGGCUACUUUUACACCUUUACUUGACAAAGACAUCCCCAAUUACCAUUAUAACUUUGCAACCUAUGAUGAUCUUGCGCCAAGAAUGAAGCCACCAAAGUUGCUUACAUACUACAUAGGCCGUAUAGAGGAGGUUUCCCCCAUCAUGUACAGAAGUGGAAAAAAGCUACGAAAGAUCGUCAUUCAAGAUGAAAGGCGCAAUGAAAUCGAAGUAACUCUCUGGGAUGAGAAGGCUGACAUGAUUCAAACAGAGGACAUCAUUGGCAAAGUAUUCGCAAUAACUGCUACCACAGUAACUUAUUUCAACAAACUACAACUCGAGUCCACAACAUCAACUACAAUUGAUAUCAAUCCACCAAUUCCAGAUCUUCAGACAUACGUGAACAGAUUUCAAGAAUUAAUGCCACUUGCAGAACAACGUGCAUCAUUAAACCACAUCACCAUUGCUGACCUGAAGAAGAAAAUUUACAACAAGACAGCACAGCAAGGACACUACACGUGCACUGCAACAAUAACAGAAAUCGACAACCUCCGCACCUGGUUCUAUGUGAAAUGUCCCAAAUGUGGCAAAAGAGCAUAUCCGGAAAAAGACCGAUUCGUAUGCUUGGACGAUGAUAUAGAAGAAGAACCGAUUUUCAUGUACUGCCUCAACGCAAAAAUAACAGACAACACAGACUCUACAGAGGUAGUCUUCUACAACGAAGCACUUAAUGGCAUUGUCAAGGUAAGCUGUCGUGACAUGGUUAUCAAUCUGGGAAACAGAAACCCAAAGGUGUUUCGAGACAAAAUAACUUCAGCAAAGGGGAUACCAAAGCUACUGCACAUCGCUGUGAGAAAUGAUAAUAGCAUUGCCGUGAACAAAGCAGAAAACCCAAGAACAAUCCAACCUGCAACACCAGACCCCAAGAAAACAGCAACCAAGAGACCUUUACCACAGUUGUCAGAGUCUGACAGGAAGGCAAAACAUCAAGCAUAACCAACACAUAUAAAGAACAACAAACUUUUGGCACAACCUUUUGUAAAAGUGAAAAGCCUAUGCGCAGGUCCUAAAGUACAGUAAUCCAAGGCCUGCCUUAUAUGGGGAAAACAAGACAACAAGCUUGCCUUUUGUAAAAACUUCAAUGUCGACUAACGUAUGUAGUAUAGCUCCGCUUUGUAGCUGUUAGGUAAUGCCUCAUACGAGGAAAAUACAACACAAAGACAGCCUUUUGUAACAACUUUACCGCCGACUAAUGAAGUUAGUAUAACGCCAGCAUGUAGCUUUUUAA